GCAUCGUCCAUAAUUGGGUAGCCAAGCGCGGUCCCGUCGAAUACAAGGCGGCACGCCGUUAGCUCGCGCUAUUCCGUCAAUCCUGGUGGCUCUGUUGUACCGUGGCACUUGAUGACACAUUAUUGGACGACGUCGUGGCCUGGAGGCAAGCGACGCAGUUGGCGCGUUGCCAUAUCCAUCUUCCAUCGUCAUCAAGAUCUUGUUUUAAAUACCGAAGUCUUUGCAGCACGCUCGCCAUAUCGGCAUGCUCUCGACGACGAAGCUCGCGGUUGCAGGAUAGGGUUGAGUGCGAAUAGUCAUGUUGAAAUCAGGACAUGUCCGAAUUCAUCCGUCGUCAUCGCGAGGCGAGCAACUUGGGAUGCUUCGAACCGUAGCGACGUUGCUCACGAACGGCGGCGUCCCGCGCGCCUUGGGCGUGCGCGAGCGCGUGGCGAAGCGCUUCCAGGGCAAGACCGUCGACAGCCUACUGGCCGAUGGCAUCAUCGCGCCAGGUCGCUCGGCCAGGCGCUCAACAUCGUCUUCUCGUCAUGCUCGCCGACCUCGGACCACGACGUCGACCUGCGCGAGUUCGUCGAAGGAGCCCGCCAUGCUGUGCAUACGAGUGUACAGCACAUGUUUAGCAAGUCCAUGGUCCAGUGCCAGCUUGACCGCACGACGCCGUCCGAAGAGGCCAACGCGUUCCUCAUGGCCGCGUGCGCGCCGCCGCUGUACCAAAAGCUGCUCGAUAAAAAGUCGCACUCGGUGACGCCGACGCAAUAUGCAGUGCCCCAGCGCGUCAAGAGCUGCGCCAUCGUGUCCGCCAAGUACACGCAAGAGCCCGAUGAAGAUGAAGUGCUCAAGUUCACAGUGGCGAGCGACCUGGUGUGUGUCAUGAAGCCGCUGUCAGAAGACCCGCCGAGUAGCAGCGAGACCAGCAAGCCACUCGACGACAAGACGGUCGAGGUCGCUGUCACGGCCACCUUUCGAACGCACAUCGUACCGAGCGGGGACCUCGAUUGGAUUCUCGAGAACGUUCGCAUGGCCAAGCUACCGGUCCCAUCAUCCUAAAGCGAGAGACUGCACUUGAAGUAGAAGCGUUUUGCAAACCUC